AUGAAUCUGUCUAACAUUGGCCUUCUUGAUUUACCUUAUGAUAUAUUACUUAUUAUUUUAAAAAAGCUCAACAAUAUAGAUGUUCUUUAUUCAUUGUUGGAUGUUGAUAAUCAACGACUUGACAUUAUAGUACAAGAAAAUACUUUCACUAAUACUCUCAACUUUGUAUUAACAACAUCAACUGAUGAUAUUUCCCCGUUUACUGAUUCAAUACUUGAUCGAUUCUGCAUAAAUAUAUUGCCAAGAAUUCAUCACAAUAUUAAAUCUCUUAUUCUUGACUCAAUAUCUAUGGAACGUAUUCUUCUGGCUGCUGAUUAUCCUAAUCUAACUGAACUUAAACUCUUUAAUUUUAACGGCAAAAUUGUUUCACAUUAUUUUACAGUUGAAUCACCAUUUCGACGUAUUUUUCAACGACAAAUUACCGAUCUUAUUCUUGUAUUCGAAAACGAUUUUAAUGAAAUAUCAGUUAAACAUUAUACAACAGAUGUCUAUGGAUAUAUUUUGAAAUUCUUCGAAAAUUUAAAACAUUUAUCUAUUGGAUCAUUUCCCCAUUUUUUUCCACCUUUGGUACUUCGUAAUUUACCUUUAAUUACCUUCUCCUCUUCAAUUCUUUACAAAUUAUGUAUUCGUGUCGGAAAUUUCUUAGAUUUUCUUGCUUUACUUGAUGGUCGUCUCCAACAAUUAACUACCUUGAUUGUUGCUAUUGGUGAUAUGGCAUAUCAUUCAUCGAAUGUUUACAAUAUGGAUAAUUUACCUAAUUUGAAAUGUUUCUCUUUAAAAUGUUAUUGCUUAUCUUAUGAAUAUGAUGCUCAAAUUCUACCUCUUUUUUGUCAUAUGUCAAAUCUUGAAGAAUUAACUUUGCAUAUUACUAUCGAGAGUCGAACUGCAUUUAUCGAUGGUACUCAUAUUUAUAAUGAAAUUCUUGUUCAUAUGCCACGACUUCGUACAUUUUAUUUUUGUAUUAGUACCGAUACACAUAUGGAUCGUUUAAUUCGUCAUUUAUCUAGAGAUGAUAUUCAAGGAACUUUUACUAACAUAAUAUCUGAACAAGUGGAUUGUAUUGUUAAUUACAGAUAUCGUAGUGCCAUGUGUCAUGUCUUUUCACUACCAUUCAUGUUUGAUUCUCUCAAAUAUAUUGGUAAUAAAUUUCCAACUAUUAUUUUCAAUAAUGUUAAAAUUUUGGCGGUGCACGAUGGAGUUCCAUUCAAACAUGAAUUUUUCAUUCGAAUUGCUUGGUCUUUUCCUUUACUUAAACAAUUAUCUGUUAUUAAUCUUAAACCACAAUCACCCAUAUUAGAUCAAUUGACCUCUAAUGAUAAUCAAUUGUAUUCAAUUGUUGAAUAUCCUUAUCUUACUUUGCUUCGUCUUGAGGCUGUUCAUAUUGAUUAUGUUGAACAGUUUCUCAAUUAUACAAAAACACAUCUACCUCGUCUAACGAAAUUAGGAGUCAAUUAUGAUCAAUUAACAAUCGUUACAGAAAAUUUUACAAGAGAUACAACACGGCUCAAUUGUGUCAAAGUGAAACAAUUAAAUAUCAAUAAAACAUUAGUACAUUCAAAAGAUUUCUAUGUUUAUUUUCCUUUCUUGUAA